GAAGAUGAGGAGAUCGAGCCAGAAUUGGGCCCGUUUGAGGAGGACGACAGAGUUCAAGUGCCCGUUGAGGAGGAGGAUGAAGAGCAGAAGGAGAUGAACGAGAGAUUUAAGAAGAUCUACAAGGAUGUUGAUGACGAUAUUGAGUACCAGACCCUCCACUUUGCGGUGCCUAUGAACAAGGACCUCCAAGGAAGAUCUACCUACAAUGACCUACAACUCAGACAACAUGGACUACCACUUGCGCGAGUUCACUCAGACAGGGGGUUGGAGCUCAAGGCCAAGGAGAGGAGAGCGUGGAUGGCUGAUCGGGACAUCCUGGCAACUACAGGCGAGAGCCAACAACCUCAGCAAAAUGGAUGGGCAGAGGCUUUGCUCCGAAUGAUCAAGAGACGGGUGAAGGUUCUACUACGGUCCGCGGGACUUCCAAUGGCACGUUGGCCUACAGCGGCGGAGCUUGCAGCGAGGAGACAAAGGGAUUUGGCCCUUGGGAGCUAUGAGGACAAAGACUUACCCUAUGGAGCUCCCACACACGUGAAGCACAAAGGCUUUGGGGAAGGAGGACGCUAUGAUCUUUUGGAGAGAUGGAAGCAGGGGAUCUUUGUCGGGUACUCCAACGAUGCGGCACGAGGCGGAGGUUCCUGUACCCGAGAGGCGUGUUCGAGGGAAGGCCGCUAUCUCCCAACUCCUUUCGGAGCCAACGACCUGGACAAGAUCACCAAGAUGUACAUGGACGAGGGCAGUGCACGCAUGGUGGUCAAUGUGGCCUUCAAGGAGCUGACGGGGGUCAAUGACUUCACUUCUAUCCUUAUCCCUGAGGCGGUGUUUGGGCAGAAGCUGACGCUGGGGCUUACAGCUUCCAAGAUGAAUGGCGACCACUACCGAACCGGGGAUGGAGACGAGGACGUGUUCAUGAACUAUGCCCCGGAGUUCCAAUCGACAUCCUCUGUGAAGCAGUCAACCUAUGAGACGUUGAAGGAGUACGGUUUCGACCUACCACCUCUACAACCUCAAGACGCAAUCUUGUUCUUGGUGAAGGAGGCCGAGGAGGAGAAGCGCCAGCAGACCCAACAAAUCGGUGAGGAGCUUCAACAACUUCAUGAAGAUGUUUUGGGGCGAGGAGAUCUGGGCGAGACGAUCAAUGAGGAGAUUGCUGGCAUCAAUGAGGUGGUCAGAGACCUGAUCGAGGAUGUGGAAGGUCAGGUCGUGGAUGUGGAAAAGAGAUGUCAAGAUCUCUACUUGAAGGUGGCCAAUGUUACUUAUGACAAGGAGGUUGGGGACGUCGAGGAGUAUCUGUCCAACCUCAAGAAGGACCUCGAUGUCACGCUGGAUGUUCCGCUUGAUCACGUAAAACGGCACGUGGACCGCUGGAUUGAACCAAUGGAGAAGGAGCUGGCGAACUUGGAGCAGAAGACCAACGCAAAAGAGAGAUGCUCCAUAGCAGAGGCCAGGCAGAUGGAAAGAGAUGGACAGUUGAUCCUGAUCCCUGGCAAGGUAGUCUUCACGGUCAAACCCCCGCCAGCCGCUGAGGAGCACCACGUGAAGUUCCAGGGUUCCGCGAUGGAAAAGGAAGGACUACGAAUGGCCCUGGCGCUGGCUACCGCCCGUGGAUGGAAUGCUGCCACAACGGAUGUGAGCGUCCUUAUCCAGGCUGGGCUGGUGGAAGCAAACGAAGUGUUCGCGGUCAGGCGGGCCUUAUAUGGUCUCCGGGAAAGUCCUGCUCUUUGGGCAAGCCACCGAACAGAUGUUCUGAUUGUGGACUACGACAAGGGGAAGUUGUGGCUCAAACAGUUGGCUACUGAUGGAGAGCUGUGGAUGGUUCUUUCGAGCCCCGACGGGGUCACUCAACCGAACCUGGUGGGCAUCCUUGUGACCUACGUGGACGACUUGUUGUAUUUGGCCGAUGCCCCGGUGAUUGAGCUACUACAUGGACGAAUCAGCACUAUUGGGCCACGUUCCUCCCUUGAGUAUGCAGCGGAUGGCCUCAGAUACCUGGGCAUGGGGCUGAAGCAAGGUGAAGAGGAAGACACGCUUUCGCAGGAGGCCUACAUCUCCAACCUUGUUCGUCUACAUGGUCUUGAACCCACUACCUCUGCUGGACUCCCCUGCCCCAGGGAAUGGAUUCAACACGAAGGCUUGGGUGAGGAGGAGAACUAUGACGCCGAGGAGCUCACAAGAGCUCAGAAGGUACCGGGCGAGUGCCUUUGGCUUGCCUACCGCACCCGACCAGAUAUCUUGUACGUCACGAAUUACAUGGCCGCGACGACGACCAAGAUGCCCGUUAGGGUGUACCAGAUUGGUUUGAAGGUCAUAUCCUAUCUCCACCAUGCCACAGCGGGUCUGAAGUUGAAGGUCGAAGCCACAGCAGAGUCCACAGAGAUCACACAAACCACAGCGCAACCGCUGAGAUCACAAGCCACAACCACAGCAGAGUUCGCAGCUGCAGAGCAUGGGCAUGCGAAACAUCAGGCAGGCUUCAAGGCGGGGCUAUCAGGUUACAGCGACGCUUCGUUUGCGCCGCUUGGUAACAAGAGCUUUGGGUGUAGCCUUGCAAUGAUAGGACGGGCACCAGUUUCCUGGAAGGCUGGCAAGCAGCCUAUGGUUGCUAUGUCGGUUUGUGAAGCCGAAUUGAUGGAAGGGCCGACUUGUGCUCUCUUGUUGGAGUCCACGCAAGCCAUGUUGAAGGAGAUCCUUCCUGACACUGGAACGCCAGUUCUCUACAUCGACAACCAGGCCGCGGAAAACAUCCUGAACGGGGCCGCUGGAAGCUGGAGAACGAGACACUUAUGCAUAAGACAUGCCUAUGUGUUGGACCGCGCUUCAAGUGGACAGCUUCAGGUGAAUCACUUGGCGGGCGAGGAUCAGCCUGCUGACUUGCCCACGAAGCUCCAUUCGAAGGCACGGCUACUUCAUCUGCUUGGGACGUGGGGCAUGGUGGGUAUUCCUGCUUUGGAUGAGAAGAAGGUGAUCGGCUUGAAGUUGGGUGUAUUCCUUCUGUUGCUGGCUAUCCAGUCAUUGGCGGUUGAGGCGGCGAAAGAUCCUUUGCCGGUGACUGGGACAGCGGAACUGGUGUUGAUGCUGUUGCUGACCUGUAUGUCUGCAGUGGCUCUGUGGGAGGCAGGAUCGCUGCCGAAGCAGAGGUGGAAAAGUGGGUGGAGGAACCGAUCGGAUUGUGCAGUCGGUGAGAAGACGAAUUUCUUCGACUACGGAGGAAGGGCAGCGAAGCUCAGCCUCUUCGACGAGGCCGCGUUCACCUACUCCACCUACGAGGCCACGAUCACCUAUGCCAUCUACGAGACCGCGAUCACCUACUCCACCUACGAGGCAACUUGCGGUUACCCCACCUACAGGGCCAAGGACAUCGGAGACGCCAACGCCUCUAAUGAACUUGAGCGGAUCGAGGACGAGCAUGUUUGGGGAACAACGACCAGCUACGCCUCCAAG